AUGGGUCAUGACGAUGAGGAUGAUGUCUUUGGGGAAGUUUUACUGAACAACUUUGAACAAUGUGCGCUGGACGACUACCCCAACGACACAUACGCCACACAGAGCGCGUUCCACGCUUCCCUCAUCAACUCCUCCAUCCCUCUGGACAACAAGGGCAAGAGGGAGCAGUGCCUCAUCCUCCGGCCUGACCAUAGGCACAAGCUCAUCAAGAGGGAGCUCCCUGCGACUGGACACGAUGACGUCAUCAAUGGGUCAACCAUAGCCCCGGACGAUGGUUUGGCUGCAGUCCAGUGCGAUCGUUGGGUGUACGACCAUGAGUUUUUUGAGCGCUCCGUCAUUGAAGAGUUGGAGAUCAUCUGUGAGCGCAAACAAUGGCGGACUCACGCCAACAUGGCAAUGAUGGUGGGAAAGCUGGCAUCGGCCUUUGUCCAGGGGAUCUGCAGUGACCUGUUCGGUCGACGCAAGACUCUGUUGGCCUUCAUCUUCGUGGUGAUCGCCAGCACUUUCGCCAACGCUUUCAUCUACAACAUCCCAUCCCUCAUCGCCUUCCGCUUCCUGGCCGGCCUGUCUACCACCAGCACCUACCUCAACUGCUUCGUCCUCGGUCAGCUGAUCCCUGAAUCCCCUCGCUGGCUCAUCACCAAAGGACGGACGCAAGAGGCCAGGGUCAUCCUGGAGAAAAUGGCAAAGGUCAACGGUGUGACCUUUCCCGAGAGCCUGUUCGGGGAGAUGGUGGAGGAGAUCGAGAAGAGCGAGCGAGAGAAGAAGGAAGCGAAAGAGAGUGGGAGGAAAAGCACAGAGACGUUGAUCACGAUGCUCAAUCACAAGAGGCUGGCUCUACGCUUUGCCUUUGUGUUGUGGAACUGCCAAACCCCCGACCCCAGUCUCCUCCACUUUGCGCCCCCUGUUGGUCAGACUCAACCACCACACCGUACCGUGGUCAGUCCGGUCCCCGCAGGGAGGGGGGUAGAGAGAGGUGGUUUCCCCGUGGACAGUCCCCCACCAUCCAUCCCCCGCCCACCUCCCUACUUAUAUGCAGACGUCAUCAUGAUCGUUCUGUCAAUGACCGGUCGUCUGGGUAUCUCCACCUCGUUCAACAUCCUGUUCUUGCUCAGUGCGGAAAUGUUCCCGACCACUGUGCGCAACUCCGCCAUGGGCAUCUCCUCGAUGACGUCACGCGUGGGUUCUAUCGGCGCUCCUUACAUUGCUGACCUGCUUUUCAACGUGCACGUACUCUCCCCGUUGUGUGGUCGCAGUCUGGCAUUCCCCUUACAUAUCUAA